UGAUUAUUUGUUUCAGUUAAAAAUUUUCUUACCAAUAUGAAUAUGCGUUUUAUCAACAACAAAAGAAAAUCCACACAAAUUAUAUCUGGAAAUUCGGUUAAUUUCAAAAAUUAAAAUCACCAUUGAUUAACUUUUUAUCUACAUUAUCAUUAUUGUUUUGGUGACCGACCGAAGCUUAUUUCACAAUUGAGGAGUAUAAAAUGAAUACAAAAUCGUAGAUAAUUAUCAGUUAAAUUCAAAACUUUAACAAAUAUCUUAUAACAAGAUUAACUAGCAACAAAAUGUCUUUUAAAAUAAUAUUUAUGUUGGCUUUUCUAUCUGUGGUCUUCGCCUUACCUGAACCAAGAAAAUCACGACUAGUAAUUCCAAAAAAAGCAGUUCAAGGUGCUGUUGAAAGCUCAGGACAACAACAAAAAGAACAACAAGAACACUCUGAUAUAAUUAGUGAUAGGUCUAAUCUAGUUCAAGGCCCAAAGGAACUAAAUGACGCGGUUGAGAGUGUACCAUCAAGGAUAAAGAGAGCAUGUCGUUCCGUUCAACUUCGUACAAAGUCUGGAAAGGUUAUAACUAUAAAUAAAUGCUAAAUAGUAUUAAUAAUUACUUAUGUUUUUGUAUUAACUUUUAAAAAUAAUUUUCAAAUUUGAUUA